CAAACAUCGAUCGUGAUAACACUGCAGCGGUGGAACGUUCGGAACCAGUUUCGGGUCGUGGUCCCCAAUCCUGAUUAUUCCUCAGGCCGGGUUCAGACAGGAUCACAUCCGCGAUCGACGCCCCCACAAGCCGAAUCAAAAAAGUGUCAACGUGCGUGUAGCAAGUCAAGUGGUCAAACCUGUUUAUCCUGUUCGUCUUUGGUGGUCUCAACGGAGCGAGAAAAAAAACCAAUAAGCAAAAAUUGAUAAUCUUUGUCGAAAAGAAACGUGAAGAAAGUAUCAAAUAAACGCGAGCAAAAAAAUGUUUUCGUAACAUACAUAAAAGCGAGCUUCCAGACGCGCGCCCACGACAGUCGGUAAUUUGGAGUGCAAUCUUUCGGACCGGUCCCGUAGUGUGCUGACGAGUGGAUUGAAUUACCUGUUGGUGUAGACAAAAAAUCCUGUCGGCGGUCAAUAAUCGUCUGGAGAGUCAUCGAAUCUGAGUUCUGAUUUUACGAAUGGAGUAAUGAUGAACUCGCGAAUGAACAUCGUCCUCUUUGUCAUUUUGAUCGCAGUUCAGUUGUCUAUCGCCCAACAGCCACCAGAUGGCGCUCCAGCCUGGGGCUACCGCUGCACCAACAGCCGCUGCGAGAAGGUCCCGAUCGGGGACGACCCGGCCGCACGGGAGAAGGCCGUAAGCCUGUCGGUGUGUCGGCUGUACUGCGGCGAUGGUGGCGUCAUCGGCACGGUCUGGCCCCGCCCAACCGGGAACUACCAGCUGGGGAACGACCUGGUGCACGUGGACCCGUACAAGGUGGAGUUCCAGUGGGGCAAGGUGCUGGGGGCGCUCGGCAAGUAUUGGGACGCGGCGAUUGAGCGGUUCCGGGGGCAGUUGAAGGUGCGGUCGGAUGGUGAGGAGUUGAGGGGUGGUGGGAAGAGGAUGGUGGUUAAGGUGAAUGUUGAGGAUGAUUCGCUGGUGUUGAAUCACGGGACGGACGAGGGAUAUAAGUUGACGGUGGGGAGGAUUGGGGGUGGGGAUGUUAUGGUGACGAUUGAUGCGGCGAAUUAUUUUGGGGCGCGGCACGGGUUGGAGACGUUGGCGCAGUUGGUGGUGUUUGACGACAUUCGGAUGGAGUUGCAGAUUGUGGGGGCGGUUGAGAUUCAGGAUGCUCCGGUGUAUUCGCAUCGUGGGUUGUCGUUGGACACUUCGAGGAACUACGUUGACGUGGCUUCGAUUAAGAGAACUAUUGAUGCGUUGGCCAUGGUCAAGAUGAACGUGUUCCAUUGGCACAUUACCGAUUCGCAGAGUUGGCCGUUGGUUAUUAAGUCGCAGCCGACGCUGCACACUUACGGAGCGUACUCGCGCAAGGAGGUCUACACGGCAAAGGACGUUCAGGAUAUUGUGGAGUACGCGUUGGCUCGCGGAGUUCGUGUCGUUCCGGAACUGGACGCGCCGGCUCACGUUGGUGAGGGUUGGGAAAAGACUAACCUGACAAGUUGCUUCAACUAUCAACCAUGGACCAAGUACUGCGUUGAGCCACCCUGCGGUCAGCUGGAUCCGUCCAAGGACAAGGUGUACGAUGUGCUUGAGGACAUCUACCGUGAAAUGAACGCCAUGUUUACGCACUCGGACGUGUUCCACAUGGGUGGGGACGAAGUUUCGGUCAGUUGCUGGAACACCAGCACCGACAUCCAACAGUGGAUGAAGGCCCAAGGUUGGGGCCUCGAAGAAGCCGACUUCCUCAAGCUGUGGAACCAUUUCCAAACCAACGCCCUCAAGCGGCUCGAUAAAUCCCUCAAAGAUAACCGUCCCAUCGUCAUGUGGACCAGCCGGCUCACCGAGGAACCCUACGUCGACCAGUACCUGGACAAAGACCGGUACAUCGUCCAAAUCUGGACCACUGGAGACGAUCCCAAAAUCGCCAAACUUCUCCAGAAAGGCUACCGACUCAUCAUCUCCAACUACGACGCGCUCUACCUGGACUGCGGCUUCGCUGGUUGGGUCCAGGGCGGCAACAACUGGUGCUCCCCCUACAUCGGCUGGCAAAAGGUCUACAACAACGACUUGAAAACCGUCGCCCCCUCCCCCCAACACUCGUCGCAGAUCCUGGGCGCUGAAGCAACCCUGUGGACCGAACAAGCGGACACCCUUUCGCUGGAUGCACGCUUUUGGCCGCGAGUGAGUGCCCUGGCGGAACGCCUCUGGACGGACCCCAGUGAGGGCUGGCAGGCGGCCGAUUCGCGCAUGUUGGUACACCGCGAGCGACUCGUGGAGAACGGCAUCGCGGCGGAGAGUUUGCAGCCCAAGUGGUGCCUCCAGAACGAGGGGCACUGCCCGAUUGAGCAGGGUGGCAGGGUGUGAGGGACGAAAGCAAUACAGAAAUACAUUUCCCAGUAGCGCUGUGCUUGAUUAUUGAUAGAAGUUAGUAUUAUUAAAAAUGCAAUUAUUCGAUUGAAAAUACUCAUUGCAACGAGGUGAACCAGUUUGGAUGGACGAUCGAAACCAUUUUCUUUGAAACAAAUCUCGUUGAAUACACUUUUUGCUAAACAUUUUAGAAAAUCA